AACCCGCAGACGCUCCAUGUGAAUCCUCCCAGCAGAGACCGUGAGCCAUCCGUCAUGAAGAGGAACAAGCAGAUCGACGUCAGGCGAGCCCUCGCUCUGGCCGGCACCUUCAACUUCCUGUGCACCUGCGCCGCAGCCUGCCUGCUCCCCUUCCUCACCCUGUACUUCAGACAGCUGGGUCUGACUCCCGCCAUGACGGGCAUCAUCAUCGGCACCAAGCACCUCAUAUCGCUGGUGUGGAGCCCUGUGGCGAGCCUCCUCGCCAAACACUACAACAAGAGGCGCGUGGUGAUAAACUGUUGCCUCGUGUGUUCGGCAGCAGCAGCUCUGGUUCUGCUCUUUUUCCCGUCCACUGAGGUGCACAUCAGCACCUGUAACAUGUCUGAUCUGAGCAGCGGUCCUACACAGAGUCUGGGUGGCGACCUCAUCAUGAGCAGCAUUGCACCGGCCGUGUCUUCGAGAAGUCACUCUGAAAUCAACACAGCUCCUGUUUCCCACUCUGCCGUCACUCCUCCUGCUCAGACACUCCCUCAUACUAAAGCUGCUCCUGUUAUGACGAGCAGAACUGGACGUAAAACUCAUCCUCAGCUGACACAGGAGAACGUAUCAGCAGUGACGGUCAGCGACGGCGCUGGAGAAUCAAAGAUCAGCAGCUCCAUCACACACCACACCUCCAGCUCUACAGCAGCUCUGCUGAGGAAUAAGAGGUCCAAAGAACAGGAAGGAGUAAAGAAGAUGGAGGAAGAGGAGAGUAGUUUUGAGUUUCUGGGCAGCCUGAAGGCGAUGGACCCUCAACACCAGCUCUUCUUCUUGGUGCUCAUCACCGUGUCUGUGUGGGAGGUUGCGUCAGCCCCUCUGGAGUGGACGGCAGACGACGGCCUGUACGAAUAUCUGGACUUUGCAGACGCUUCAGAUCGCUACAGCAGCACCGGGCUGUGGAGUUUACUCGGAGCGGCGUGUGGGGUCGGAGGAACAGGUUUGCUGGUGAGCCAGUUACACUGUCUGAUAGCUGGUCAGACGACGAGGAGCGCUGUGCAUUUCUACAGCUACGCCGGUGUGUCAGCUCUGGCCCUACCUGCGGCCGCCUGCCUCCCUCUCUACCUCAACAAGAAGCGAGACAGAGCCAACGGGCUCCUCAAGGCCAUGCAGCUGGUGCGAGGCUCCCCCCGCGCUCUGCUCUGCGCGGUCACCACCCUGCUGGUCGGGGUAACGAACUCGGCCGUGGAGAACUUCCUCCUGUGGCAGAUGCAGGAUCAGGGGAGCAGUGAGCUGCACAUGGGGCUGACUCUCGCCCUCGCUCUGCUCUCACAGGCCGCCUUCCCUCUGCUGGCGACUCGAGUCUCCAAGCUCCUCAGCCCGGGCAGGGUGCUCGCUGUGGGGGCUGCGACUCUCGGGCUGCAGUGCUUCUACUACUCCUUCCUGUGGGGACCGUGGGCGGCGCUACCUGCUCAGGUGUUCUGCUGUUUCAGCAGCGGAGCCCUCUGGUGGGCCGUGAGGCUGCAGUGUGAGGACGUGGCCACGCCGGGGGCUGAGAGGAGCGUGAGGAGGGUCUACAGCUCACUGUCUCUACACCUGGGCAGCGGGCUGGGGAGCUUCGCUGGAGGGUUUGUGGCGCAGAGGUUUGGGCUGACGUGGCUGUUCAGAGGAGCAGCGGUGGGUGUGAUGAUGUGGUGUGUGUGUCUGCCUCUGCUCCAGUGGAAAGCACCUCGCCAACGCAGGAUUAACUACUCUCGCCUUUUGGCGGCUGAUGCAAGUGAAGCCAGUGACUCUGAGUCUGAACAGGACAGAGACUGGCUGGAGAAAGCGAUGGAGGACGACAGAAGCAACAACAACAACUAUGGAAGGAGGAUAAACCGCUGAACUCUGGUGUGAAGGACGCUUCAAAGACUGCAGCAGACAGAGAGUGUUACCUUCACAAAAUCACAUCAUAGAGUCAUUUCUGUCAGUUUGGAAAUCAGAGGGUUUAUGCUCUCAGUUACAGACAUGUCACUCUUCAUCAUCAGGCACCGGCGCACCAACCAUGAAUAUGUUACAUUUGCACGCUUCACAUGAAUCAUUUCAACGUUUCUAAAGUGAUGUAAUUUAUGAACUGACUUUGUCAUGGCAGCUGGAGGGGAUGGUGGAUGGCAGCUCACCUUAACGUCUACCAAGCUGCAGACCACUGUUAAGACCAUCAAACAACAAAACAAAUGUGUUUUAGCGAGUCAUUGCUGCAGCUUUUUAGGCACCAGACACGGGGAUUUGUAGCAACCUGUCACUGUUUUUCCAGAGGGCAUUGUUGCACAUCAGGCGGCUGUUUUUUACUGAGACAUCACUGCGUUUUCCACCAGGAUUGUGGCACGAAAAGUGGUUGUUUCUUACCGAGACAUCGCUGCAUUCCCCGCAAGGAUAGUGGCAUGAAAAGUGGUUGAAAAAAAAUCAACUGCUUUUUGUGCCACUAUCUCAGCAGGAAAUGCAGCGAUGUCUCGGUAAGAAACAAAGACAUCGCUGCAUUUCCUGCUGGGAUAGUGGCACAAAAAGCAGUUCUUUUUUACCGACACAUCGCUGUGUGUCCCGUCAGAAUAUUGGCAACAAAAGCAGUUAUUUUUUACAGAGGCAUUGCUGCGUCCCCUGCUGGAAUAGUGGCACAAAAAGAAGUUAUUUUUGACGACAUUGCUGUAUUUCCCACCAGGAUAGUGGCAUGAACAGCAGCUGCUUUUUACAGAGAUAUCACUGCGGUUACCACUGGAUUAGUGGCAUGAAAACCAGUUGCUUAUUAAGGAGAAAUCACUGCAUUUCCCACCGGAAUAGUGGCAUGAAAAGCGGUUGUAAAAAUCAACUGCUUUUCAUGCCACUAUCCUAGCAGGAAAUGUCUGGGUAAAAAACAAAGACAUCGCUGCAUUUCCUGCUGGAAUAGUGGCAUGAAAAGCAGUUGCUUUCUACAGAAUCAUUGCUGUGUUUUCCACCAGGAUAGUGGCACAAAAAGCAGACAUCACUGCAGUUACCACUGGAUUAGUGGCAUGAAAAGCAGUUGCUUUUUAGUAGAAAUCACUGCAUUUCCUGCUGGAAACGUGGUACAAAAAGGGGUUGUUUUUGACCGAGACAUCACUGCUUUUCGCACCAAGAUAGUGGUAUAAAAAGCUGUUGUUCUUUACAGAGACAUCACUGCGUUUCCUGUCAGAAUAGUGGUGCAAAAAGUGGUUGUAAAAAUUAACUAUUUUUUGUACCACAUCACAGCAGGAAAUGCAGUGAUGUCUCGGUAAAACACAAAGACAUCGCUGUAUUUCCUGCUGUGAUAGUGGCAUGAAAAGCAGUUGCUUUUUAGGGAUAGAUCACUGAAUUUUUCGCCGGAAUAGUGGCACAAAAAGCAGUUGUUUUUAAAUGAGACAUUGCUGCAUUUCCCACUGAGAUGAUGGCAUGAAAAGCAGUCAUUUUCUACGAGAUGUUGCUGCAUUUCCUGCUGGAACCGUGGCACGGCAAGGGGUCGUUUUUUUACCAAGACAUUGCUGCUUUUCCUGCAGAGAAACCAGGUAUUCUAAUUCAAACAUUAUCUCUUUCCUAACCACAACCAAUUGUUUUUUGUUCCUAAACCUAACCACGUAUUAACCUCAGCACUGUUGAAAAGCUUCAGUGUUUCCGCAGCAUAAUAACGUGCAAAUGUUACAUAUCCAUGGUUUGCAGAAACGUACAGUGCCAACAUUAUUCUGCUGUUUGGUUGCAGGUAGAUCAGCUCAAAGCAGGAUAAUUGAUUUACUCUGACAGGUUUAAUAAAAGCAAAGUGUUGACUUCUAACUCAUCACUGCUCAUAAUUUUCCCAUCACAAUGAAAUCUUGUGGCGUCUCAUCUGUCUUGCCAUUUUCGGGGAUUCGUCUCUGGGCCACCUGAGCCUUCACAAAUGAACAUUAGCAUAAGCAAUCAUUCCUUUAUGGAGCAAACAAGGCAGCAGGAUUAUGGGUGGGCAGAAGACUCAGCACCACCUGGCAGGUUCAGCGGCUCAGGCAUCGUGACAACAGAAACACUGAAGCCUCUUUCUGGGAGUGUAAACACAAGACGUGUGCACAAGGUGAGGCCAAACUAAACUGGCUCCUUGUUUGAACACACCCCAACAGUCUGUUUAUCUGCUGCUAAGGUCAACGCUGUCGUUCACUGUGUCUGUGCCUUAUUUUGUAAUGUGUGAACUGAUAAAACGAUUAAAUGAGAUGGAAGUUGAUCAGUCGUGUGUGUUUAACUGCAGUCAAACCGGGUUGUAAGGUUCUUGUUACGCACGCGUGAGAUGAUGUGUUUGUUUAACCUGUAUUUCAGAGUCACUCUUAUCAAUGGUUCAUUAUUACCUGUUAGAUAACACUGCAGAGCAUGGGUCCAAAUGUAGAUUACAUAUACUGCAAUUUUAUGAAAUCAUGUCACAUGAAUACAGAUAGAAAAGGCUGCGUAAUGUAAUUUUCUUCUGUCCAAAUGUUUCUGUAUGCCUGUAUUGUGUUAGAAAGUCUGCAGCUCUGAGUGCUGUGAAGAGUAAACUAAUGAUACUAAAAGAAUCUCCACCUCUGUAGAGCAGAAACAUCUGGCAGCAUUUGUUCCUCUUGAGUAUUUGCAGUAAAUAAACAUUCUUACA